UCUGGCCCCGCGGCGGCUCCAUCUGCCUCGGCUCCUGCUGCGCUCCGGCUGCUCUGACUCGCCAUGGCCGCUUCCUCCUCCUCCUCGGCGGCCGCGCUGCGCCCGGUCACUCACCUGAUCUUUGACAUGGACGGGCUGCUGCUGGAUACUGAAUGUCUCUAUUCAAAAGUGUUUGAAGAGAUCUGUGGGCGUUUUGGAAAGACCUAUAGCUGGGAUGUGAAAUCCUUGGUUCUAGGUAGACAAGCCCUAGAAGCAGCAGAGUUUAUUCGAGAUACUCUAGACCUUCCAAUAACUAAAGAAGAGUUAUUAAUUGAAAGUAAAGUGAAGCUGGAGAAGAUAUUCCAUACUGCUGAGUUGAUGCCAGGGGUCAGUAAGCUGAUCCAUCAUUUACACAAACACAAGAUACCCGUAGCUGUUGCCAGCAGCUCAAGCGAAGAGUCAUUUCAGAGAAAAAUAACCAGACACAAAGAUUUUUUUGGUCUUUUUCACCAUAUUGUGUUGGGAGAUGACCCUGAAUUGAAGCGUGGCAAGCCACAUCCUGAUCCAUUUUUACUCUGUGCAGAGAGAUUUCACCCUCCUGUACCACCAGAGAAGUGUCUUGUGUUUGAAGAUUCACCACAGGGAGUCAAAGGAGCCCUGGCAGCAGGAAUGCAAGUGGUUAUGAUUCCAGAUGAAAGAUUAAAUCCAGAUCUUAAAAAGGAGGCAACACUGGUGCUGAAGUCCAUGGAAGAUUUCCAACCAGAACUGUUUGGUUUACCAGCAUAUGAUUGAUGCCUAAUACCUAUGAACAUGAUCUUGACUGGAGAUAAAUUAAAAGUGAAAUGAAAUUUUAUUUUGGUAUUAUGAUUGUUUUUCAUCUUUUAUUCUCUUCUUCAAAACUAUAGCACAAAAAUCCUGUUAACAGUCAGUCUUUUACACAUUGCCUUUGAUAAACUGUCUGGAAUGUUUAUGAUUUGUCCUUUUAAUAAAUGCUAAAUUAAAGCAGCAUCUUUCUGUUAAGUGAAUUCAGCCUUGUUCUAUUCAUGUCAUAAUGUUUUCUGGGAAUAUUAUGGAACUAUUUAGACAAUUUAUUGUGACUGCAUUGGAAGCUUCUUGUUCUGUUUCCACUUGAAUUACUGUUUACAUCUUAAUCAGAAAUCUUUUCUGGAUUGCCUUUUAUCCCAUUAAAA